ACCUGACCCGACGGAGCCGUCCAUCGUCCAUCCGUAUUCCCGUCACGCCCCCAACCCAACCCAAACCCGAAGCAGCGAGAGCUCCCCUGACCCUCGCGCAGCCUCCGAUCGCAAGGAAGAAGAGGAAGAUGAGCUACUACGGCCAGCAGCCCCCCGUCGGCGUCCCGCCGCAGCAAGGCUACCCGGGGAAGGACGGCUACCCGCCAGCGGGGUACCCGCCGGCCGGCUACCCCCCUCCGGCGCAGGGCUACCCGCCGCAGGGGUACCCGCAGCAGGGCUACCCGCCGCAGUACGCUCAGCCGCCUCCACAGCAGCAGCAGAGCAGCGGGCCUUCCUUCAUGGAGGGAUGCUUGGCUGCCCUCUGCUGCUGCUGCCUCCUGGACGCCUGCUUCUGAGAGGGCCAUCCGACGGAUUCAACACGACUGCAAGUGAAACUACUACUAGCUUAUGGAAGAGCUGGAACUGAACUGAGCUUCAAACGCUAGCGUGCUUCUAUUCUAGCUUUGUCCUGCAUUAUCGCCUUCUUUUUUUCUCUCUGUUAUGAGACUACUAGUACUAUGUUGAUGUUGAUUGGAUCAGACUAGGCCGGUGUGUAUUCUGUGGAUGUUCCGUGUUUCUGGUGGAAUUCAACCCUGGGAUUGUUAUUGUAUUUUCGCUGUCACUUGCA